AUGAGUGGUUUAAGAAAAUCAUUACCUAUACAUAAACCGAUAACAACAAUAGAUCAAAAUCUUGAAGAUGAAGACGAUGAAAAAUUAUUUGUUAUAUCAAAAUAUAGAAAAAUGACUCCACCAAUAACAAAAGAAAAAAAUCAUCAACAACUACAAAAAACAUCACUAUAUUUUAGCAAAAAAUCAACAACAAAGAAAGCUACUGCAAAAUCAAGAGGUAAAAGACUGAGAAACACAAAUAAUCUAAGUAAUGAUAAAAAUGCAACAUUGUUUAAUAGUACUUAUAGUCUAACGAUAAAAACUAUGGUUAAUAAUGAAGUUGAAGUAAAAUUAACAAGUGAUGAAGUUACUGAAAUUCAAGGAAAACGAAAAAAAAAUCUGAAUUCUAAAGAGCAUUAA